AUGAUACUACAACGAGUAUGUGAAGAGGAGUUGCUAUGUGCAGAGGAGUUGCUUGAACAAGGUCAACUUUAUCGCCCAAAUUUGCAUUUCGAAGUUUUUAUGAGAUGUAUCGCAGAUCUAUAUGAUGGUGAAUCAUAUGAAUUAAUUGCAUUAUCUUCUCAGUAUUGCUCCUUUCAAAAUAAAAAUUAUCAUCUUAUUAUGGAGGAACUGGUAAAAUUUAUCAAAAAUGGAAAAAACCUUGUUUCGCCCGUUCUACAUGUUGCUUUUCUCGAUAUGGUAAAGAAUUUAUGUAGAUGCAAAUCAUCGGCCAACUUUCUUUUUGAAUUGCUACUUUCAACGGAUUAUUCUAAACAGGGUAUCGUCAAGAUUUCGCUAUCGUGGAAUCAUUUCUGGAAAGCAGUGCGUGAAUACUUGAAUCUUUUUGCUACGAAAAAAGUUCAUGCUCCGAAUAUCGUUCAUACGAUUGGUUCAAAAACUGAUCAUAGUCAAGAAAUCUCACAGACUGAGAUGGCUGGCCUUCUUGUAUGGAUACAGUUGUCUGAAGUUAUUGCCAAAUAUGAUUCUUAUGCACGUCGACAAUUUAUUGAACAUAAUACUUGGCAGUGUAUUGACACUGUUACAGGUUUACUUGCUUCUGCAAUUCAACUGGUGCUGAAAGGGGCACUUUUACGUUUUUUAGCGUCUUUGGCUCUAGAAGGAAUGGGAGUACCUAAAAUUUGGAUUGCACUUAUAUCUCAUUCAGUUCUCACCGAAAAUUUGAGUGGGAAACUGAUGGGAAUUCAACAAGAGUUAGAAGAUCGUGAAUGCUCAAUUAAACGUUAUUAUUCUUCACUUGGUCUGCUUCAUUUGCUUAAAGAAAUGUUUCUACACUCCGUGAUAAUCGUUGAUAAGCAGCAUCUUCUUCCAUAUUUGAAUUUUGUUAUUAAGUCCAUUAUCUGUCAGUGCGCUAGUCGCUCUUAUGAAGAUAUUGACCAAAUGUGGGAACUCUAUUCUGCUUCAUGUGAUGCUCUUUAUAGUCUUAUAAAUUAUUAUGUCAUUACCUCAACUUCGCUGAUCAAUGAUCAUCCACAGAUUUUUGUUUUGAGACAGUUAUUUAGUGAUUCAACAUUUUUUCGCGCGAUGUUGCAGCUAGGAAAUGUGUUAAUUGAAUGUGCAGAACGAUUGGCGGACUAUUCAGUUAGAAAUAAAAAGCGUGAACAAGCAGCGCUUUCAGCUUUGCGUCUUCUCGAUGUUUGUAUAUUGCGGCAUGAUUCUUUUGUUGAUGCUAUUCGUUCAACAGAAUCCAGCAUUAUGGUCAAUUCAUUGGAUUCACUACUUUUGCGGCCUAUUCCAAAGCGUCCAAAUUUUGCAUAUGCAACGGUUAUUGCAUCUUAUAUAAUCCAGUCAGAUUUAUUGCCAUAUCAUUCCUAUUAUGCAAUUUCCAUAUUACGAGAAUUGUGUAGCACACGAAUUUCGCAUCAGUUGCGUAUUGUCCGUUGUUUAUCUCCGCUAACAGAAAAAUUAAUUGAAGGAUGUGCUCGUAUUACUUCCACAAGUUUUAAAUCGCUUACAGUCUCUCCUCAUGAUUCUCCUUCUCCUCACGAAAUUGAUUCUCUAUCUAUUUCUCAAGUACGAGGAGAAACAGCUAGGGCACUUCUCGAAAUGUUCAUUUCAUCUGUCGAGAUUGCUCCUUCAUCUGCAAAUAUCGCUUAUUUAUUAUGCGGUUUGGAUUUAACAAAUCUUAAAGAGACUACUGUUGAAGGUCCAGGUGUAAUUGGAUGCUCAAAAACUUCAUUACAUAGUAUUGUUGAGACAUUGAAUAUUUUAGCAACCCACGAAAAUCCUCUUGAAUUAUCAUAUGCUGCAAUUUUUGAACCGGAACUCAGGUUUCUCGUGGACUUUGAUGCUGCAGAAGGGGGAGAGGGAUUACGCUUGGUAUCAGUUAAUGCAAUAUGUGCUCCAGCCGUUCUGCGAUUUUUGCGCUCAAACCAUGACUUAAUCUACAGACUUGCUUCAUCACAGCUUUUUGUUUCCACUGAUGGCUGUGCGGAAGAAGAAGAUAGUAAAAUGUUAAUCAAUUUACGUCGCUUUCUGCAAGGAUCAGUGUUAUAUUUGAGUUCUAUGGAAUUGUCAUCUCUUUUGAAGAUAGGGCAUUUCAGCCAACCGGAGAGGUUCUAUAGACUUAUGCUUUGCGUAAACGGUCACCAGGAAGAAAUGGAUGAAAUCAGCGAAUCGAAUCGCAAUUUAACUGAACCUUCUAUAAAACAAGGGCAAAGUCAUUUGUUGGAAUUAGUGAUAACGAAUAAUGCCAAAGUAAAGAGGAAUAGAAACAAAAUUAUUGAUCAAUUAACAUAUAAUUUAAAAAAGCAGUGGGUAUACUUGUUAACAUUAUGUACUCGACCAGUCUCUUCAAAUAUUUCUCAGUGUGAUAUACACCAUCUAAAUUGGUUGUUGCGUAGAGAAUCCAUCUCAUUAGCACCAGAAAUGCAACCAGAUUAUCUAAUAAUUGUCUUAAAGGAAAUAGAGCAAGUUCUUCGAUAUUGUGCUGCUUACAAUUUACGUAAAAGUGGUGAGGCUUCGGUCAGAUUGAUAAUUUCAGCCUGGUUAUCCUUUUUAAAUACUAUCGCUAUAUUUGCUCCGGUACCUUUUAUUAGUUGUGGUAUGCAUUUGAUUUCACAUUGA